GAGUAAUUUCAUGCAAAUCACCAGAUAAUUUUGAGAACCUGUGUGAACAAAAUGAAUCGAAUAUUUCUCUGUAUAUUAUUCAUUACUGUUAUAAGUUUGGAGCUCCUAGUUCCAUGCGCAAAUGCUGGACCUGGUGAAAAGUUCAAAAAAGUUGGUAAAGCUAUGAAACAGGGUGGAAUGGAAACUGCCAAGGGAAUUCGUAAUACAAGUGUCAAAUUUGGAAAAAGUGUGGUGACCACAGCGGGCCAUGGGAUCGUUACAGGUGUACAUGCUGUUGGCACAGGUCUUGCCUGUGGACUUUGUCCUGUGUGGACAGUGGUUGGUUUACCAGACGAAGGUAUGGAUAUGGCGGGCAGAGCAGCUCGCCACUUGUUAGGCAGCGCAGUAAAAACAGGUGAGCAUGGGAUUGACGCAGGCAAACAUGCUGCUGUUCUGGGUAAAAAGGUAGCAACCAGCCCUUGUGUCUGUGGUACCAAUACGAUGCAGGCGAUGGCAGAAAUGGAACGUCAGGAGGAAAUUUUGGCAGAAAUAGAGGAAGAAAAGAGAAGAAAAUUUAAAAAAUUACCAGAAUCAAGCAAUUAAUUACAUUUUUCAGUGGGUUUCAAUCAGAAUUCCAGGUUUCUAUUUCAAUGUGUAAUAGAAUUUGAAAAUAAAUGUACUUGCAAAUGAAGCAGGUAGCACAAUUGUCAA